UGAUGGCAACAGCUGGCCAGGUGGCAGUGAGUAGCUAGCACUGGUGACCCUGAGGGCAUGGAGCUGUAGGGAGUAAAGAAAAGGAAGUAGACCUGACAAACCUGGAAGUCAGCCUGCUUCUGCUGGGGAGGUGGAAAGCUUGCCCUGAGAAUACUUAUUGCACAGCAAAAAGAGGACAGCAAGUGAGAAAAUAAAACGAAGAGAAUUGCCAUGGCUCCAACCCCUUGGCUAUGCUGACGGACACUUACAGUAAGUUUGGAAGUGCUAGUCCAGGUCAAGACUCGCCCCCUCCUGGAAAAGCCGAGGACAGUUUGGGAGUAGAGCCACCUGCUCAAAAAAUCUGGGGCACCGAAGGCAUGGGAGAUUCCUACGCGGCCACUUUCCCCAAUGGGAAUGGACUGAUGUCUCCUUCGGCAAGCCCGCAAGCUUCCACAACCUACAGCAAUGACUACAGCCCCUUCUCCCAUUCCUUCCCAGCCUCGCCCACCUCCCAAGACCCAUCUUCCUUGCUGGUAUCCAAGGGGCACCCAUCCCCUGACUGCCUCCCCAGUGUCUACACUUCCUUGGACAUGGCACAUCCUUAUGGCUCCUGGUACAAAGCUGGCAUUCACCCAGGCAUCUCCACCAGCUCCAGCAACCCCACCGCUUCCUGGUGGGACAUGCACUCUAACAGCAACUGGCUGAGCUCUCAGCCCCAGUCGGAUGGGCUCCAGAGCUCCUUGCAGUCCAUGCCAAGCCAGGCCCCCAUCAGUCCCCAGCUGCCCAGUUACACUUCUGAGUUCACCACUUUGAACCCUGCCCCGUACCCUGCCGUGGGCAUCACCUCCUCCUCCCACCUCCUCCCUUCCAGCCAGCAUGUCCUGCCCCAAGAGAUGUACAAGCCCAAGCCGGUCGCCAACAACUCCCUGAUGGAAGGAGGGAUUGGACUGAAGUCCGGGAGAGGCGGCUCCUUCGGGAGCACGGCAGGCAGGUCAACCUGCGACUGCCCCAACUGCCAAGAGCUGGAGCGGCUUGGGGCCUCUGCAGCCAGCCUGCGAAAGAAGCCCAUCCACAGCUGCCACAUUCCAGGAUGCGGGAAGGUCUAUGGGAAGGCCUCACACCUCAAAGCCCACCUGCGGUGGCACACUGGCGAGCGCCCCUUUGUCUGCAACUGGCUCUUCUGCGGCAAGCGCUUCACGCGUUCGGAUGAGCUGGAGCGCCACGUGCGCACGCACACCCGGGAGAAGAAGUUCACCUGCCUGCUCUGCAACAAGCGCUUCACCCGCAGCGACCAUCUCAGCAAGCACCAGAAGACCCACAACGAGCUGGGGGUAGGCAAGCCCCCAGAGGGGGAGGGGGAGAGGGAAGAGGACACGGCGGUGGCCAGUUCCCCUAGCACUGCCCUGCAGGACGGCCUCCCUGGAGAGGAGAAAGACCCCACUAGCCCAGAGCAGAGCAAUCUGCUGGAAAUCUAGAUUGGGCACAGAGUGCCUCAUCUUCCCUGCUUCACAUUAUCACCCACCACCUUUUUUUGGAAGGCCUUUCAGCUAAGUAAUUUAUUUCCCACGGAGAAGCACAGAUGCAGGGGCUGUUGGCCUUCCCUCCAGACAAAGAUCUCACCUUGCCUCCCUUGAACUCUCUACCUUCCAUCCCUCUGAUCCCUGAAGCAAAUUUUGCGGAGACCUCAGAAAGGCUGUGACUUUUUGGACCAAGACGGAUGUAUCAGAGCCAGAUUUGAAUCCAAGUUUCCAGCCUUUCCCUCUGCUGUUAAAAUAUAAAGGCCCUGCCUGUCUUCCUAAUCUCACCAUAAUCUCUCAAGAGAAUGCACAUGAACUCAUGCCAUUGCAUCCAUCCGUAGAGUUGGCCAACUAGCAGGCAGGGCAGGACCAAAGUGGGUUUUUCUCAGGGCAUGUAUAGGAAUCAUCUUCCAUCUGGUGCAACCCACUGACCAUUUAAUUCCAGCCUCCUUUGUUCCUGCAUUACACAGAAGAAGGAAGAGGGGGGAAUGCAUAGGCAUGCAUUGAGACUAGGGUGGAGCAUCUGCACCCAAAGAACAUGUCCUUGCUUCACGAUGUACAAAGAAAGAAUUGCGAUCUCUGAUUCAGGACAUGGCAAAUAGGCUUGAUAAGUCCAAAGUUUGAAAGGCCUCCUGUACCUUUUAAGUUUUCCAAUGAAAGGGCUAAUUCCACUGAAGCCCAAGGGUGGCUUGUCAGGUACACGGCAACACGGAUGAUUAAAACCACCGUUGGAAAAAUCCUGCCUACUGUGAAGCUUUGAAAGGUAUGCAAGCCCUCUUGGGGCCUGGACAUGAAAUUCUGUGAGCAAGACCCUUAAUAGAAGUCUAGGGGGCCAUUGUUUUGAAAUAAGAGGCAUCUGUGCAGACAGGAGGAAGCUCGACAAGUGAAAUCUUGUUCUUUUAAAAACCAAGCAGGCCCAGGGGUUAGUUUAGAGAAUAGGUUUGAAAAGGGCUGGAUGAGGGCCCACUUGCACAGCUGUUGGCCCAUUGUGCACAUACGAUGGAGGCUCCACCCUGACCUGUUCCCUCUGCUUUCUCUGCUCUUUAAUGGAAUACCCAUGAAAGUUGACCAGUCUGAAUAGGUGAAGUGGUCUAAUAUCCCUCCAAGGACAGUCCCUACAUUUUCCAGGUCCCAGCUAUGCUUAUGCUUCUUGGGUAUGUCAAGCACCAUGCCAAAAGCAUAGAGAUCGGCUUCAAAAUGGCCAUUUUUGGAAUACUGAUCGGGAAUGACCCCAGGACUGUUCUUCCAAUGAAAUCAAGAAAACACAGACACUCUUCUCACAGAGAAGUAACCACGUGGGGAAACCAAGGCUGUCCACUCGGCAAAAGUCAAUACAGGGGCUGUCGGCCGUCCCACAAAGGUGCUACAGGGCCCUUGGAUCUCCCUCCCUCCCUCCCCAUGUAUUUAAUCUAGAAGUAUAUUUAUGCCGUAAAUUAUAAUGACAGAUUAAGAGAAGGAAGGAGGCAACUGGGUUAUGCGAGAGGCCUCUAUAACACACAUGGCAUCUUUAUCUUACCAGAAUUGUCUUCUCUGUUAAUUGGGGGCUUUCUCUGUGCGGAGCAACAUGAUCUACAACUUACUCAGUACCUUUUUCUCUCUCCUCUCUCUCGCUCUUUCUCUUGCUUUAUAUGAUGGGGAGGAAAUCUGAAUAUUUAUAAUCUUGAAACGUGUUUAUGUUCUGUUCACUUUUUAAUGAUAGACCUGGAUUUGAAAAUGAUAAAUAUUAGGAAUACAUGGAGCCAGAUGCCAACUGCUGAGUGUUUGAGUUUUGGGAAGAAAUCUUAUUUUUUUAUGGGGAGUUGACCUCUGGCAAAAGGCUUUAAAAUCAGUGAUGAGACCUUACAGUCCAGGCCCCUGUUUUUUUUUUGCGGGGGGAGGGGAUUAUUUCCUUCUCAGAAGUAAGUUCUUUGCAGAAACAUAGCUAAAUUCCUUUCUUCAAUCCACUUGAUGGUCCUGUGUCUAUUUUUAAGCCCACAGGAUGAAGGGAAGAGCUAUAUCCAUGGGAUCAGUAUAUACUGAUUCACUUAUCCACGGUC